AUGGCGUCGACGAUCAUGGCCGCCACCUCCCGCGUCGUCGCGGCCAAGACGCCGUUCCUCGGCCAGGGCCGCGCUGCCGCCAAUGCCAGCCCCCUCCGCGACGUCGCCGCCGCCGCCAGCGGCCGGAUCACCAUGGGCAACGACCUGUGGUACGGCCCGGACCGUGUCAAGUACCUGGGCCCCUUCUCCGCGCAGACGCCGUCGUACCUCACCGGCGAGUUCCCCGGCGACUACGGGUGGGACACCGCCGGGCUGUCGGCGGACCCGGAGGCGUUCGCGCGGAACAGGGCGCUGGAGGUGAUCCAUGGGCGGUGGGCGAUGCUGGGUGCGCUGGGCUGCAUCACCCCGGAGGUCCUCGAGAAGUGGGUGCGCGUGGACUUCAAGGAGCCCGUGUGGUUCAAGGCCGGCGCGCAGAUCUUCUCCGAGGGCGGGCUGGACUACCUCGGCAACCCCAACCUGGUGCACGCGCAGAGCAUCCUCGCCGUGCUGGGGUUCCAGGUCAUCCUCAUGGGCCUGGUCGAGGGCUUCCGCAUCAACGGCCUCGACGGCGUCGGCGAGGGCAACAACCUCUACCCCGGCGGCCAGUACUUCGACCCGCUGGGCCUCGCCGACGACCCCGUCACCUUCGCCGAGCUCAAGGUCAAGGAGAUCAAGAACGGCCGCCUCGCCAUGUUCUCUAUGUUCGGCUUCUUCGUCCAGGCCAUCGUCACCGGCAAGGGGCCCCUCGAGAACCUGCUCGACCACCUCGACGACCCCGUCGCCAACAACGCCUGGGUCUACGCCACCAAGUUCGCGCCAGGGUCUUAA